GGCGACUGAGCGCCCGGGCAGACGCGCGAUUAGCAGCUCUGCCUACCCGAGACGGCGAUCCAUGAGGAGGAACCCAAGCGAGCCCCGGGAGUGAGGGCGCACCCUGAACCGGCGCCGCCAGCUCGGCCGACGCCGGCGCAGCGUCCCGAGUGAGCGCGGAUUGAUGUAUGAUAAGCUGAUCUAAAAUGACAGGUUUUAUCUGACUAAGUCAUUGAAGCCAUUCCAGAAGGUCUGCAUCCAGGUGCAUUUGGCAUAGUGUCUGAGACUGACUCAGCCAAGAGAUCAAAAUGAUCCUCAACUCUUCCACUGAAGAUGGUAUUAAAAGAAUCCAAGAUGACUGUCCCAAAGCUGGAAGGCACAAUUACAUAUUUAUCAUGAUCCCUACUUUAUACAGUAUUAUCUUUGUGGUGGGGAUAUUUGGAAACAGCUUGGUGGUGAUUGUCAUUUACUUUUACAUGAAACUGAAGACUGUGGCCAGUGUUUUUCUUUUGAAUUUAGCUCUGGCUGACUUAUGCUUUUUACUGACUUUGCCACUGUGGGCUGUCUACACUGCUAUGGAAUACCGCUGGCCCUUCGGCAAUUACCUAUGUAAGAUCGCUUCCGCCAGUGUCAGUUUCAACCUCUACGCCAGUGUGUUUCUACUCACAUGUCUAAGCAUUGAUCGCUACCUGGCUAUUGUUCACCCAAUGAAGUCCCGCCUCCGGCGCACAAUGCUUGUGGCCAAAGUCACCUGCAUCAUUAUUUGGCUGCUGGCAGGUUUGGCCAGUUUGCCAACUAUAAUCCACCGCAAUGUAUUUUUCAUCGAGAAUACCAAUAUCACAGUUUGCGCUUUCCAUUACGAAUCCCAAAAUUCUACCCUCCCGGUAGGGCUGGGCCUCACCAAGAAUAUACUGGGAUUCUUGUUUCCUUUUCUGAUCAUUCUUACAAGCUACACUCUUAUUUGGAAGACCCUCAAGAAGGCUUAUGAAAUUCAGAAGAACAAACCAAGGAAAGAUGAUAUUUUCAAGAUAAUUUUGGCAAUCGUGCUUUUCUUUUUCUUUUCCUGGGUUCCCCACCAGAUAUUCACUUUUAUGGAUGUGUUAAUUCAGUUGGGCCUCAUUCGUGACUGUAAAAUUGAAGAUAUUGUUGACACUGCCAUGCCCAUCACUAUUUGCUUGGCUUAUUUUAACAAUUGUCUGAAUCCUCUCUUUUAUGGCUUUCUAGGGAAAAAAUUUAAAAAAUAUUUUCUACAGCUUCUGAAAUACAUUCCCCCGAAGGCCAAAUCCCACUCAAACCUGUCAACAAAAAUGAGCACACUCUCCUACCGCCCCUCAGAAAAUGGAAACUCCUCUACCAAGAAGCCUGCCCCAUGCAUUGAGGUUGAGUGACACACCUGAAAUCUGUCUGUGAAGUCACCUUAAAGAAGCAGCAAGAAAAACAUUCUUGCACAACACCUCGCUACCAAAUGAGCAUGGCUACAUUUCAGAAUUAAAGGAUAAAAUAGAUUAUGUGGACUGAACUGACUUGUCUACAGCUCUGAACAAAAGUUCUUUUCCUUUGCAACUCAACAAAGCAAAGCCACAUUCUGCCAUGUUUUGCAUUAGAUAGAUGAUGCCCACUCAAAGAACUGAUGUCAGAAACUGGAUGAAAGUGAUGAUUUGGAAAAUUUUACUGGGAGAAAUGCCCUCUCCCUAGUCUGCUCUUGUUCUGUUAUAUUUGAUUUCCACAUGAAAGUACUUAGAAUAUGUUAAACCUCAAGAGGAGCAACAGGAGAGAAGAGCUUAAGACUGCCAUGCCCAAUUUCCAAAGGGCAGCAAAGCUUUCGUGUUUAUUUAGCUAUUAGCAACUGUGGCCCACUUGUACCUGCUACUGUACAUUUCAUACAAAGAAAUGUACUUGCUAAGCAGUAGUUGUCAGGUUCCAGACGCUUUUGUGAAAUCCAACCCGUGUCCUAUAGAUUCACAUUGCCAAAAUAUGCCAGCUGAGUGGCUUAUUUGUGUAAUGAUGUUACUGUAGUCAUGUAUAAAAAUUAAAUUACUUGUAAAGGUGUUAUUCCAGUCCCAGGUAGUCGUGUUAGUUUUAUUUCAGAUCUAAGAAGUAUAUAUAUUUUGUGGUGAAAAGAUUAUGUAUCAUAAAAUAUGCCUUACUGUUUAAAAAGUAUAUAUUCAACCUGUGUAUGUAUCUCUCUAAACUGCUGUUAUCUUAUUAAAA